AUGAUUCUUGUUGGACGAAGGAAAACGAGGAAAGUGAUGAAGCUUCGAGUGAUGUUGACAGCGAUAUCAGUGUUAAAUGUGAUCUUCAAUGUAACAUGGUUUAUUUGCAUUGUUAUUCACUAUUUGGUGAAUCUCGAAGAAGGGACUCUCAUUGAUGAUUUGGAUAAGGAAUUCAGUCAAAUUGUUUGGGAGAUUUUCGGGCAUCAAUGUGUAGAUUCUCUUUUGGCAGUGCAAUCGGUUUUCUUGCUUAGUUUAAGUAUGGAUCGAUAUUUAAACCUUUUCAUUGACUAUUCUCCAUACAUUGGUGGAUGUUCCUUGUGCCUCGCUCAAGUGCUCUCUUUGCCAGAUUAUGUGGCCUUCUUCUUCCCCAUCUCCUUUCAUUUGUCCUUUUAU